UCGUUUCUGUAACAUGGUUUGAAGAUAUUCCGUCUUCUGAAUUGCUUUCUUUGGGUCUUUACCAUAGUGACUUCAAGGAUACUCAUUCUCUAAAGUAACGAGUGUAAAGAGUUCUCUAAAAAAAGAUCUUUCAGGUUUGUGUCCAGUUGACAGCCGGAAAUGUAAGCGAGAACCGAAGAUGGUCUAAACCCGAAUAAUUUGUUUUCGAUGUACACGAAACGAAAACAUCAUGGAUACAAAAUGCAGAAGACAAAUCUGCUUUAGCAAAAGUUGACUCGGCUACUUCUCUAAUGAACGCUGCAACAGUGGCGGGAAGACGGGCAGACGACAAGACCGAGGAGACAGGCGUUUUGAUCGGUGAGGGUGACAAAUUGAUCAAUGUCGUUUUGCUCAAUGGAGAGAGGCUUAAUGUUAGAGUACAGGCAUCUGCCACGGGACAAGAUUUGUAUACCAUCAUUACGGAUCAUCUUGGGCUCACAGAAACCAUUUUCUUUGGGCUGAUGAUCAUAAAAGAUGGAGAGCACGAGUUUUUAGACUUGAACGAGAAACUCUCCAAGUUGGCAAAGUUUGCUCCUCACCUAUGGAAAGACGAUGUUUCUUGCAAUUCCUCGCUUGUCUUCACCAUCUUCUUCCGUGUCAAGUACUACGUGGAGAAUAUUUGCCUUCUACAACAACAGUCUACCAGACACUUAUACUACCUGCAGCUACGAAAAGAUGUUCUGGAAGGAGGAAUUUACGUUCACGAAGAAACUGCUAUGCUAUUAGCUUCGUACGCUCUGCAAGCAGAAGUUGGAGACUACAACCAGACCCUACAUGGUUCGGAUUACUUCGUUCCAGAGCAUUAUCUUCCUCAGAGAGCGAUCGCCAAACUUACUGCUUCCUACAUAAAGAAACAUCUUCCAGCGAUGCAUAAGACUCAUACCAGUCUCAGUGACGCUCAGGCCGAGAUUGAGUAUUUAAAGGAGGCGCAAAAGUUACAGGAAUAUGGAAUUAUAUUCAACAAAGUGUCGAAGUUUAAAAAAGACAAGAGGGGCGGGUUUAGCCUAGGGAUCAGUGUCCGAGGCCUUAUUGUGUACGAGGAAAGAGGAGUUGUAAAGAGUCCGACAUUUCGUCAUCCGUGGCAAAACAUCAAACGGAUGGCCUUUCAUCGGCGACGAUUUUUCAUUGAGGCACACGGUGAUCCAGAAACUUCCAAAAUGGUAUUGUACACAUGCAGUUACAAGAAGUCGCGUUAUUUGCUGAAAAUGUGCACAUCUUUCUAUAAAUUCCAAAUGAUGAUGGGGAUGAAGUUGUCCAGCCUCAAAGAAUAUCCAAAAGAUGGAGUUGUCAAGAUGAAUGGAGUAGUAAAGACUGACGAAUCCGACUCCCUGGCUGGAGAUAUGCCAGAAUCAGCCGCGGGCAAACCUGAAAACGAGUCAGGGGUCAUUCAGCCGCCUGGAAUAGGUCCUGCGAUACAUCUGAACGGGUCAGCGUGCCCAGUACAGGAUCAGUCAUUGCAGGUCAGCGUUCAUCCUGUUCAGCUUCAGAAGGUGAAUGGGAGCCUUGGACUCAAUAUCAUCGGUGGUAUCGAGUUGGGUGGUAUUUAUGUGAAAACCAUGGCUGCAGAAGGACCAGCAUCCCUCAGCGGAAAAAUUAAUAUUGGGGACAGAAUUCUUGAAAUUAACGGUCAAAGUCUGGAGGGUUUAUCAAGACAAGAGGCUGUUAACAUUUUAAGAACAGCACCUCACGUUUGUACGAUGCUGAUAGAGAGCUGUGUAGCGGCUCCCGCGACACCAAAUGGCAAGCCAGUAAUGCCUGGGUCUGAGUCAGCGUCAGCCUUUUAUCACCCACACAGACAACAGCAAAUGCAGCCCAUGAUAGAACGUCAACCCUCGUUGGAAUCGCAGUAUUCUACCAUGCAACAGCAGUUUGUUCCCAGCCAAAGUCACCAGAUUGAAGACAUAGUUACUGACUACAUUCCUAUUGAAAUUCCGAAACUCAAUGGGAGUUUCGGGCUUAAUGUUACGGGUGGGCCAGAACUCGAUGGAAUUUAUGUGAAGUCCCUAUUGCCUGGCGGAGCAGCAGAAGCUUCUGGAAAAAUAAGAAACGGCGACAGAAUAGUGGAGAUAAAUGGAGUAGCAAUGGAUGGUCUCAAUCGCAAACAGGCUGUAGAGUUGUUAAGGCGGUCUGCAGCCACAGCAACACUGGUUAUAGAGCGAUACAGACACCCUGGCCCUGAAGGACCUCAUUUAGAAGACUUGGAGGAUCUCUUAAGAACUUCGCCAAAUUGCAUCCUAGUGGAGUUACAGAAAAUCAAUCAUUCGUUUGGAUUUAGCGUUGUGGGUGGACCUGACUUCGGUGGAAUUUUUGUGAAAACUAUCAAUCCAAAUGGAGCGGCAGCAAUGGAUGGUAGAAUAGGAAUAAAUGACAGGAUUGUGGCUGUAAACUGUGUGAACUUAACUCGUGCUACGAGACAGGAGGCGGUUGACGCUUUGCGAAACUCACCAAUCAUCGCUCAGCUUGUAGUAGAAAAAGUCACUCCUGAAGAUAUUAUGACAAACAGCAGCGGGCCACCCACUCCUCAGGAGUCAAGAUACGGUGCAGUACAGUACAGUAAUUAUCAAGCGAGCACGGACAGCUAUAAUGAUUACAGUAUGGACGAUCUACCUUUCGAAGUGUACCUAACAAAAGGUCAAAGUGGACUGGGAAUGAGUCUCACGGGGGGAGACAAUGGUGCUCCCAUCUAUAUAAAAAAACUGGUUCCCGGAGGGUCAGCUCUCAUGUGCGGACAGCUUCAAGUGAAUGACAUUAUCCUCCAAAUCAACAAUAAGAAUGUCGACCGGAUGACAUACAGAGAAGCUCUUUCGAUACUUCGGAAUUGCCCCUCAGAGGUUCGCUUACUCGUACAAAGACCCAGAAUGUCUUCUCAUCCUCCUUACCCAGGAUACCAUGGGGGCAGUGAUAGAGCGAGUGUUGACAGCUACGGAAGCUAUAGCAGCAUGUCAAGUAUUUUUUAAACAAGUUCUGACUAUGUUCACAAAGAUAGGUUAAAAAGUUUAACCAGUUUAUCAAGUUAAAGAAAUUCCACGAGUCUAUCUUGUUCAGCGACUGCAAACUGACAUUGUAAAUUUGGAGAAGUGCUUUGUCAAUGGUCAAAGGAUUUUACCCUGUAGCAUUCCGGGAAAUCAGUGCUAAGGAACUGAGACAUUUGAAUUCAAGCCGCAAUCCCAGUUUUAGUUCAAGUUGCGGAGAUGAAUGAAGUAGAGAAGAUUGCCUUUAUAAUGAAAACUCGAUGCAGAUUAGCGAAUUACAUUGCUAAAUUUGGAGGAUUUAAAUUAAUAUCAGGCUCGUUUGGGCUUCAGACACGUCAUAUGUACAUUAAAGACCUUAAGUUUGGACACUGAGUCGUAAGGUUAGAGAAUGUGGUGGAAUAAUGUUUCAGGAAUCAUCUCGGCGAGGGCUGUGAGCCAUUUUGUCUUUCGGACCUAGUGUUUUUGUUUUGUUUUUCGGAUAGAAAGCCCCGGCAUUUGAAAAAGAGUUGUUUUUUUACCUAAGGGGUUAUCGUAAAGUUUAUCAUUCAGUGAAGCCUAUAGCCCCUGUUUUCUCCUGAUCAAGUGACCAUCGCCCAUAAAUUCUUACCGACUCUUAUUACUCUCUUUAAGAUGUAAAUGUUCUUCUUAAUAAAGUAAGAGAUGUGUUCAGCUCGUUA